AGACACAGUUACUUGCCCUCCUGUCAGCUGCAGCUACUCUUCUGAGCCCUGACUGGCAGAGGGCCACAGCGGGGGAGAGAGCUUCCCUCUGGGUACUUAUCUCCCACAUCUCCUGACACAACAGACCAUGGACCUAAGGCUGUACCCGUGGCACCCAUCCAAAGUUUCUUCACUCAACAAAUCCAUGCCCACCGUGGGAAGGCAAAUGGAGCUUGGGACAGCUGGUGGAGUGAGUGGCUGGACUCAGGGGAACCCCAGCGAUUUCUCUAAUUCUUUCUGCAGAAAAUGAGGUGAGUACCUGAGGUGGAAGGUAGAGGAGGUUUUCUGUCGUGGACACUGGGUAAGAGGGUGGAAAUCUACGGUAGGAUCCUGGGCAAGUCCUGCCCCUAUGAGCCCAGGGUACUCUUUGGGAAACUGGGGAGACCCCAUUUCCUCCAACAGUACCUGGCAUACGGUGCCUGGCUUGGAGGGUAUUUGGGGCGUUGGGCUCGCAAACUUACAGCCCUAGCCAACUGGGUGUAGGGAGCGCUGGGGCUUUUCGCCACCCACCGCAAGUCCAGGGCUGAGCGUGGACUCGCGCUGUGGGACAGUUGGAACUCCACCGGGCCCUUCUGUGCCCUUACGGAGUCAGGCAGAGCAGCAGUGAUCUUGGAGUGGAGUGCUUAGCAGGUUGCAGGCGCCCAGGGCUGUGGGGCUGGUGUGCUUGGAGGUGUGGGUUGUGCCCGCUGGUUGCAGGGCUCAGCUGAGCCCUGCUGGGAGGUAGGAGGCUCCCACGUGCCCAAAGAGGGCUGGGGAGGAACGCAACUCAGCCCCGCCAAUGGUGACGUGAUCUUUGGGAUCCUGCUGCUCCUUCACGCGAGCACUCUGGGCCCCGCGCCUCUCACCGUCCGGCUCCGCACGCAGCCGGUGGGAAGCCCGAAGUCCCUAGCGGGUGAGGUCGGGCUCAGUUCUGGGGAGCGCGCCUGGCGCGUGGCAUCCUGGGCGCUGCGGUUUCCGAGUUCCACCCGCUGGGCCAGCGCAGGUUCGCGGCUCUCGGGGGCACGCCGUUCCUCCCUUUGCACACGCCCCUUGCGCCUCUCAACGACGCAUCGGUGGGCUCCGUCACGAUGCGUGUCAGCGAUUGGUGGAGGCAGCGCGUCUGCCGUGGAUUGGUCAGAUGCGGCGGGGGCGGGCCAGAGCACGCACUUAAGGGGAGGUACCGGCGGCGCGGGGGUGGAGCGGUGCCAAGAUGUCGGCUGCUGUGCCGGAGCUGAAGCAGAUCAGCCGGGUGGAAGCGAUGCGCCUGGGGCCGGGCUGGAGCCACUCGUGCCACGCCAUGCUCUACGCCGCCAACCCCGGGCAGCUUUUCGGCCGUAUCCCCAUGCGCUUCUCCGUGCUGAUGCAGAUGCGCUUUGAUGGGCUGCUGGGCUUCCCCGGGGGCUUCGUGGACCGGCGCUUCUGGUCGUUGGAGGACGGACUGAACCGGGUGCUGGGCCUGGGCCUGGGCUCUCUGCGCCUCACCGAGGCCGACUACCUGAGCUCGCACCUGACCGAGGGCCCGCACCGCGUCGUGGCGCACCUGUACGCGCGGCAGCUGACGCUGGAGCAGCUGCACGCCGUGGAGAUUAGCGCGGUUCACUCGCGCGACCACGGCCUGGAGGUGCUGGGGCUUGUGCGGGUCCCGCUAUACACCCAGAAGGACCGAGUCGGUGGCUUUCCCAACUUUCUGAGCAAUGCUUUCAUCAGCACAGCCAAGUACCAGCUCCUCUUCGCUCUCAAGGUGCUCAACAUGAUGCCCGAGGAGAAGCUGGCUGAGGCUGUGGCUGCAGCCACUGAGAAGCAGAAGAAGGCCCUGGAGAAGCUGCUCCCAUCAUCCUCCUGAGGUCACUCUCAGUGAGGGUCAGGAAGAUUCGAAGGUCGACGUCCUGUUCCUCAAACAGCUGCAGGUACUUCAGACACCCGAUCUGUUCCAGCAGUGUGGCAAGGUCCUAGAGGGCAGAGGACAGGCAGGGCACAAAGACAUGGGGACAAAGAAACACAAUGCAAGGCAGAGCCACUUUUCUCCAGCUAAGUGUGUAUUUGUGAGGUCACUUUUAAGAGGGAGAUCUGAGCCCUGCUGAUCCCCCAAGUUCAGCAGUGAGACAGUGACCUGACUGCAGGCAAAGAGCCCAAGCUGCCUCUCCUCUCUCUAUGCCUUCAAGCAGAGCAGGGAGUCCAGAGACACCUACUUGUGUCUUAGAUCCAAUGUCUUUUCAUUUCAGCCUGAAGGACACCUUCAGUAUUUCCCGUAGGGCAGGUCUGCUAAGGACAAAUUCUCAGACUUUUUUUACCUGGGACCAUCUUAAUUUCUCCUUCACUUCUGAAGGACAGCUGUUGCUGGAGUAGCAUUCUUGGUUGGGUUAUUUUUCUUUCAUUACUUUGAAUAUGUUGUCAAAUGUCUUUGGUCUCCACAGUUUCUGCGGGGAAAUGAGCUAUUCAUCUUACUGAGAUUCCUUUGCUGGUGAUGAGUCACUUUAAGAUUCUCUUGUUUUUUGACAGUUGGGUUAUGUUGUCUAGGUGUGGAUCUGAGUUUAAUUUAAGAAUUCAUUUCGCUUCUUGGAUGUGCAGAUUCAUGUUGUGAUUAAAUUCAGGAAGAUCCGGCUAUUUUUAAAACUUUUUUUCUGCCUUCCUCUCCCCCGUCCUGGACACCAUGUGUGCAUGUUGGCAUGCUUGAUGGUGUCCCACGGGUUUCUAUUCACGUUUCUUCAUUCUUCUCUCUGUUCCUCAUGCUGGAUAAUCUCAACUGGACUAUGUCAGGUUUUCUGAUUCUUCUGUGUGCGCGAAUCUACUCUGAGCCCCUCUACUGGAAUUUUCAUUUCAGUUAUACUUUUCAACUCCAGAAUUUCUACUUGGUUCAUUUUUAUUUCUAUCACUUUCUUGAAAUUCUCUAUCUAGAUGUAGUUUCCUUUAGCUCUUUGAGCACAUUUUUAAAAGCUUGUUUAAAGUCUUUGCCUAAUAAAAGUCCAGUGUGCCUGGGCUUCCUCCAGGACAGCUGCUACUACUGCCUUUUCUUACUGUCUGUGGCCCACUUCCUUGUUCUCUGCAUACCUUUUUUUUUGCUGAAAGCUGGACAUUUUAAUGCAGCAACUCUUGAGGUCCGAGUCUUCCCCUGGGGCUUGUUGUCUGUACUCUUUCUGGUCUGUGACCACUUAAGUUCCUACUCAUUCAGCUUAGUGGUCAACUGAGGACUGGACAGAAGUCUCCUUAAACAUUGGAACCAAUAAAUCUCCGUCUUUGCCGAA